AUGGACAUCGAGGAUGUAUUACCACCUCCUGAGCAAGCACAAGUUGACAUAGAGAGAGAUGAAGAUGAGAUGAGCAUUGAAGGCGAAGAAGAAGUCGAGGAGAUGAUAGUAGUUGAGGAUAAAGAAGAAGCACAGGACAAAGAGGAAGCCGAAUCUUCGCAGGCCUAUGUCUGGCCUGAUGCACCCACACACCGGAGAUUGAAGUAUGCACGAGAGGUUGAAGCCGUUCGCGAGGUCUUUGAAGAUGACCCCGACUAUGACCCUGCUAUGGUAGCGGAGUAUGCAGAUGAGAUAUUUGAGUACAUGCAGAAGCUAGAGGAGGAGGUGAUGCCGAAUCCCGACUACAUGGACUCUCAGCUAGAGAUUACUUGGGAAAUGCGACAGACGCUUGUGGACUGGUUGCUGCAGGCUCAUCUGCGCUACCAUAUGAUCCCAGAAACCGUUUGGAUCGCAAUCAAUGUCGUCGACCGGUUUUUGUCCAAGCGAGUCGUUUCCUUGGCCAGACUUCAGCUGGUUGGCAUCUCUGCUUUAUUCAUCGCCGCCAAGUACGAAGAGAUCAUGGCACCGUCAGUGGAUGAGUUUGUAGCAAUGGCUGAAAACGGUUAUACUCGUGAUGAAGUUCUGAAGGGUGAACGAAUCAUCCUGCAGACUCUAGGCUUCCAUAUAUCGCAUUACUGUUCUCCAUACAGCUGGAUGCGCAAGAUCAGUCGAGCGGAUGAUUACGAAAUCCAAACAAGGACGCUUUGUAAAUUCUUGGUGGAAGCAACACUUCUCGAUUAUCGAUUUCUCCGAGCAAAGCCUAGUUUGGUGGCAGCUGUCGGGAUGUACACGUCAAGGAUAAUGCUGGGAGGCGACUGGAACGAAGCAUUCGUUUUCCACUCUGGCUUUACAGAAGAGCAAUUGGUACCUGGCCAUGAGCUUCUCAUCGAAAAACUGGCGGAGAAAAGUUUCACUCGGCUAUAUCUGGUCAAAAAGUAUGCUAAUAAAAAGUUCUUGAAGGCGUCUACCUUCGCGAUCAAGUGGGCACGAGGAAUCGUCGAAGGGACUGGGUGCACAGAUACAAUGCUCCGUGAUGACCAGGUGUGA